UUUUGUUUCCGAUUUAAAAAUGAGUUUCAAUUUGAACCAUCUAAUUCGAGUUCGUUAACUUCGUUUAUUUUGAGAUAGUGAGAGAAAGAUAGAGAGGGAAAAUGAAUUUCAUUUCAUGUCAUUUGGCUUCAUUUGAGUUUCAUGACUUGAUCCCCCAAUUCCCUCUAUUUCACCUUCUUUAUACUUUUAAUUAAUUAAUACUGGUAUAUAAACACGUAAGAUUAGCUAUAAGCAAAAGUUCGUAUUACUGAAGAUGAAUCUCAGGCGUACGAUGAUUGGAUUAACAAAAUCCUGAACAUUUUGUCCACACUGAAUCGAUUUCGAUGUGCUGAAUUUUGUUUCUGGUCUGUAAAAACUGCUUUGUUUCUCUUUAAAUUAUCUCUGUUUUUUAAGAUUUGAAUGUUUGAUUGUUUAGCGUGAAAAAUUUGAGAUUGGAGGUGAAGCUGGAGGGGUGAAUAUUGUAUAUCAAUAAAAAAUUGUUAAAAUGCCUGCGCAUGGGGAUCUGGAUCGGCAGAUCGAGCAGUUGAUGGAGUGCAAGCCUCUGACAGAAUCCGAGGUGAAAGCGUUGUGUGAUCAGGCGAGGGCGAUUCUAGUGGAGGAGUGGAAUGUUCAGCCGGUAAAAUGUCCAGUCACCGUAUGUGGAGAUAUUCACGGCCAGUUCUAUGAUCUGAUCGAGCUAUUUCGCAUAGGCGGCAACGCUCCUGACACGAAUUACCUCUUCAUGGGAGAUUAUGUUGAUCGUGGCUAUUACUCAGUUGAGACUGUUACACUUUUGGUUGCCCUAAAAGUCCGCUACAGAGACAGAAUCACCAUUCUUAGAGGAAAUCAUGAAAGCCGGCAAAUCACACAAGUAUAUGGUUUCUAUGAUGAAUGCCUGAGAAAGUAUGGAAAUGCCAAUGUUUGGAAGUUUUUCACUGAUCUGUUUGACUAUCUACCCCUUACAGCACUUAUAGAGAGUCAGGUAUUUUGUUUACAUGGUGGACUCUCACCAUCCUUAGAUACGCUUGAUAAUAUCAGAGCUCUGGAUCGAAUACAAGAGGUCCCCCAUGAAGGGCCAAUGUGUGAUCUGUUAUGGUCUGAUCCAGAUGAUCGAUGUGGUUGGGGGAUAUCUCCUCGAGGGGCUGGAUACACCUUCGGACAAGAUAUAGCUGCUCAGUUCAAUCAUACAAAUGGGCUCACUCUGAUCUCUAGAGCUCAUCAGCUUGUGAUGGAGGGUUACAACUGGUGCCAGGAGAAAAAUGUGGUUACAGUAUUUAGUGCACCAAACUAUUGUUACCGGUGCGGUAACAUGGCAGCAAUACUAGAAAUCGGGGAAAAUAUGGAGCAGAAUUUUCUCCAAUUUGACCCUGCCCCUCGACAGAUUGAGCCUGAUACUACGAGAAAGACGCCUGAUUAUUUUUUGUGAUGAUUGAGAUAACUUUUGACUGUUGGAGUUUGUUGUCCAAUUCUCAAUGCCUAUGCCGUCCAUGUAUACUUUCUCUUGUCCCGACUCCUGAGCGAGUACCAAGUGCAAAUUUUUUGUUUACUGGUUGGAUACUUGGAGAUCGAAUUUGGGGGAAGUGAGGGGUCCCCCUUUUUGUUCAUUUUUUUAGUGUUGUCAAGGGUACUCAUUUAUUACGUACUAAUUUUUAUUAUUAACUUCUAAAAAUGUGUAGUCGUUGUAUGCAGGACAUGUACUGUCUGUACCUUGUACAUUCUGAAUGGUGAUACAAAUUUCCAAUCGAGUAUGGAACAAUGUGAUGCAGCUGACUAUGAAUCAUGUAAAAAAUGAUUAAAUUAUUAACUUUUUUUUGGUAGAAUCCAGUUAUAAACUUCACUGAAAUGAUCAAACUCAUCAAAGUGGUUACUUUGAAAUUUGAAUGAAAUCCCAAAUGCAUCC